AUGGAACAGCAUGUGGUCCUUCAUUCCCACAAGGUCCUGGAAGAGAACUCGGCACAACUGGAAUCGCUGCGAGUAGAAGAUUGUUCGGCAUCCCGACCUGAAGACAAGGAAGGGAUCCUCAAGAAGAUUGGCUCAGCAUCAGAGAUAGAGGAGUUCAACCGAAGGCUUCAACAACUCUUACUGGGAUCGGAAGGGCUUUUCGCUGGCUGGAAAGAUGCUCAGGCACUCCUCCUUGAUGUAGGUGCCAUAGCAGCGCGGGCCAAGACCUCGUUCAAUGCCAGUCAGUCUGCAAUCUUCGAAGAAGAUCUGGUAGAAAUAUGA